UUAAAGGCAGGCAUAUAAACAUGAAAGCCCAUUUGUAUGUGUUUAGCUGCUUUUUACAGUUUCUAGCAUUCAACAUAGAUGCUACAGUUGCCCGAAAGGACGAUGUAAGAAAUGAUGUAAUUAAGAGACUCGAAAAUUUGGAAGUUUUUGCAAGGAGAAGCAACGCCAAACUGUCACAGUUAGAGAGGACAGUCCUUACACAAGCACACACCAUCAAUGAGCUGAACAACAAUAUGCACCACCUCCGACGGACCGUGCAUACCCAGCAAACACACAUAUCCAACUUAAACAGGAAAGCAAGGGUCACAAGUCGGGCUGUGAUCCGGUUAAAAAAGCUGUUUGGUCCCAGUAGCGGGCAUGUACAUCACGGCGGUUCAAGGGAGUCUAAUCAUUCACACCAAGCUCAAAGCACCCAUUCUUCUCACAGAUCAGGUUCUCACAGUCAUCUGAAAUCGGACACAGAAAAUCACUUUUUGGCCAUAACUGGCCUUCACAGUAUUCAUCUCGGUAGAGAUCACACAAUAACAAGUCCUCCAACACACAUUUCGCAUUCAUCAGAAAUCAAUCAGAUCACUGAUGCAGGUGUGCACGAAGAUAAUACAAGGCAUCAACAUAAUCAUACUCACCACCAACAUCACCAUCACCAAAAUGGCACAAACCAGAGCCACAAAGGCUCUAAUGAAUCACGCGAUGGUCAAAAUCACCAGUCAAGCAAUUUCGGAUGGCCACUAUCACCACGAAAAUCGUGUGCACACAACAACUCUUCCUGAUUCGCCCGUGCAUGACAAUGACAAUUCAGGAAGCAAUACACCUCGUCACAACCGAGCUACGAGCCGCAGACAAGGAUUCGGUGGUAUUGCGUUUUCGGCAUAUUUGGACCAUGACGUCACCCUAGGACAGCACCAGACACUUAAAUUCAAUAAAGUUCUUGUCAACGACGGUACAGGUUAUAGUCCCAACACCGGUGCAUUCACAUGCCCGGAAGGCGGAACCUACAUGUUCACGUUUGUCAUUGGCCAGCGAGACGCCAAUCACUACAUGUGGGCGGAGCUUGUACUCAACAGCGCGAACGUGAUUGACGCGGCAGUCGACACAUACCACCAAUACCAAGACCUUCAGGGCGGAAACACCGUCAUCUUGAAACUGAAGCAGGGGGACGAGGUGUGGGUGGAUGCAACACAUAGUGGAAGCCACGUCGAGGGCAGUACAACCCUAAGACUUUCCACGUUCACUGGACUUUAUUUGUAUUCAUAA